AUGGGUGCAUCAUGGAUAAGUUACCCCUCUCCUGUCCCGUUCGUCACCUUCUCCCGUCCUUCUCACGUCUUUCUCCCUCCCCCUCUUUCCCCCCCGGUCCCCCUAUGCGCGGGCGCGCUGCAGGGUGUGGGCGCAGCGGGGGAGGUGCAGCUGCGGGGAACGGGCGGAGGGGGAUUCGAGCAGGCGAGGCAAGGGCGCGAGGGCGAGGCGGUGAAGGUCACUCUGCACGACUGCCUCGCGUGCAGCGGGUGCGUGACGACGGCGGAGACGGUGAUGCUGGAGCAGCAGAGCGCGCACCACAUGCUGCACCACCUGCCGCACCCACGCGCCCACGCGGACAGCGCAGGGCAAACAGGAGAUGGAGGGAAAGGGCGCAAGGUGGUGGUGGUGUCGCUGUCACCGCAGUCGCGGGCGGCACUGGCAGCCCACUACAAGAUCACUCCCCUGCAGGCCUUCCGCAAGCUGACAUCGUUUCUGCAUUCACUGGGCGUGGCGGCGGUGUUUGACACGAGUGCAUCGAGGGACGUGGCGCUCAUCGAGGCCUGCCACGAGUUUGUCUGCGUCUUCCGCCACCACGCUGCUGCCCAUGCCACCACCGCCCUUGCCUCUGCCCCUGCGGGCAGCAUGAACGGGUCUGUCAGUGACCAGGCCGCAGGAGCAACACCAUCAGCAUCAUCAGACAUGGUACCAGCUGCAGGUUCAGCAGCAACAAAAGAAGCAGCAGAAGCAGGAGGACGAGAGAGCGGUGCGGAGGCAGCACAAGAGUCUGGCCAGUCCGCCCCUCCCAAUGCCACACCGCCGCCCAUCCCCACUGACUCGCUGCCGCACCUGCCUGUGCUUGCCUCUGCUUGCCCCGGGUGGGUGUGCUACGCGGAGAAGGCCCAUGGGGAGUACAUCCUGCCGCACAUGAGCCGAGUGAAGAGCGCCCAGCAGACCAUGGGCGCGCUGCUCAAACGCUUCUACGCCGCAAGACUCAACACCACCCCGGAGCAGCUGUACCACGUGGCAGUGAUGCCGUGCUACGACAAGAAGCUUGAGGCCGCCAGGGACGACUUCCUGCUGCCCGGGGGGGCGCAGGCGAGUGCACAGGACAGGGGAGAGAAUACUCGAGAUGCAGAGGCUGGUGAGGAGCGGUUGACAGAGGUGGACUGUGUGCUGACAUCAGGGGAGAUCUUCGCUCUGCUGCAGGAGCAAGGAGUGGACUUCAUGACUCUCGAAGAGCAUCCUCUCGACUCCAUGCUCACCAACGUGGACGCCAGCGGGCAUCUCUACGGCGUGGCGGGCGGCUCAGGCGGGUACGCAGAGGCCGUGCUGCGCUACGCAGCACUCGAGCUGUUGGGCGUGCACAUGCCCCCGGGCCCCCUGGAGUGGCAGGCGGUGCGCAACGCAGACAUGCGCGAGUGCAGCGUGGCGGUGGAGGGGCAGCCCGUGCUGCGCGUGGCGUGUGCGUACGGCUUCCGCAACAUUCAGAACGUGCUGCGCCGCGCCAAGCAGGGCCGCUGCCCGUACCACUACGUGGAAGUCAUGGCCUGCCCGGGAGGGUGUCUGAAUGGAGGGGGCCAGCGUCCACCGGAGCAGCGCAAGGCACAGCCAACGAGGAGCUACCUGCAGGACCUGGAGGCGCACUACAUGGCGCAGGUGGAAACACGCAGCCCAUUCGCCAAUCCGCUAGCCCAGCAGAUCUACUCGCAUUUCCUGGGCUCGCCGCUCUCGCCCUCCGCACAAGCUGUGCUGCACACCUCCUUCCAUGCUCGCCCCAAAACGCUUGCUCUCUCUGCACCUACACUUGCUGCCAGCUGGUAG